AUGGUACACUCUUCAGUACUCGGUUUCCCCCGCAUGGGUGCGGACCGUGAGCUCAAGAAGGCCAACGAGGCCUACUGGGCGGACAAGCUCUCGCGCGACGACCUGAUCAAGGAGGGCAAGCGCCUGCGGUUGGAGCACUGGAAGAUCCAGAAGGACGCCGGCGUCGAUGUCAUCCCCAGCAACGACUUCGCCUUCUACGACCACCUCCUCGACCACAUCCAGCUCUUCAACGCUAUCCCAGAGCGCUACUCCAAGCACUCGCUGCACAAGCUCGAUGAGUACUUCGCCAUGGGCCGUGGCCACCAGAAGGACGGUGUCGACGUCCCCUCGCUGGAGAUGGUCAAGUGGUUCGACUCAAACUACCACUACGUCAAGCCCACCCUCCAAGACAACCAGACCUUCACCCUCGCCGAGAACCCCAAGCCCGUCGCUGAGUUCCUCGAGGCCAAGGAGGCUGGCAUCACCACCCGCCCCGUCCUCAUCGGACCUGUCUCAUUCCUCGCUCUCGGCAAGGCCGACCGUGGCCAGUCCGUCGACCCCAUCACCCUUCUCGAGAAGCUGCUGCCGGUAUACGUCGAGCUCCUCCAGAAGCUGAAGGAGGCUGGUGCCGAGUACGUCCAGAUUGACGAGCCUGUCCUCGUCUACGACCUCCCCCAGAAGGUCAAGGAUGCCUUCAAGCCCGCAUACGAGAAGCUCGUCGGCAGCGGUCUGCCCAAGCUUGUCCUCGCCACCUACUUCGGUGACGUCGUCCACAACUUCGAGGUCUUCCCCAGCCUCCAGGGUGUUGCUGGUAUCCACAUCGACCUUGUCAGGAACCCUGAGCAGCUCGAGAGCGUCAUCGGCAAGCUUGGCUCCAACCAGGUUCUGUCCGUCGGUGUCGUCGACGGUCGCAACAUCUGGAAGACCAACUUCAAGAACGCCAUCGAGAUUGUUGAGACUGCUGUCCAGAAGCUCGGCAAGGACCGUGUCCUCGUUGCCACCUCCAGCUCCCUUCUCCACACUCCCCACUCUCUCGACAGCGAGAAGAAGCUGCCCGAGGAGGUCAAGGACUGGUUCUCCUUCGCUUGCCAGAAGGUCUCCGAGGUCGUUGUCAUCGCCAAGGCUGUCAACGAUGGCCCAGCAUCCGUCCGUGAGGCUCUUGAGGCCAACGCCAAGUCGAUGCAGGCUCGUGCCUCAUCUGAGCGCACCAACAACAAGGCUGUCAAGGACCGCCAGGCCAGCGUCACCCCUGAGCAGCACGAGCGCAAGUCUGGCUUCCCCGAGCGUUACGCUCAGCAGAAGAAGCACCUCAACCUUCCCAUGUUCCCUACCACCACCAUCGGAUCCUUCCCCCAGACCAAGGAGAUCCGUAUCUCGCGUAACAAGUUCACCAAGGGUGAGAUCACACCCGAGGAGUACGAGAAGUUCAUCGAGAAGGAGAUCGAGGAGGUUGUCAAGAUCCAGGACGAGCUUGGCCUUGACGUCUACGUCCACGGCGAGCCCGAGCGUAACGACAUGGUGCAGUACUUCGGUGAGCGCCUUGACGGUUAUGCCUUCACCACCAAGGGUUGGGUCCAGUCUUACGGAUCCCGCUGCGUCCGUCCCCCGAUCAUCGUCGGUGACAUCUCGCGCCCUGCUCCCAUGACCGUCAAGGAGUCCAAGUACGCCGCCUCCAUCUCCAAGAAGCCCAUGAAGGGUAUGCUUACUGGACCCAUCACCUGCCUCCGGUGGUCCUUCCCCCGUGACGAUGUCCACCAGUCUGUCCAGGCUCAGCAACUUGCUCUCGCCCUCCGCGACGAGGUUGUUGACCUUGAGUCUGCUGGCAUCUACGUCAUCCAGGUCGACGAGCCCGCUCUCCGUGAGGGUCUUCCUCUCCGUGCCGGCACUGAGCGCGAGAAGUACCUUUCAUGGGCUGUCGACUCCUUCAAGCUCGCCUGCGCUGGUGUCCAGGACUCUACCCAGAUCCACUCCCACUUCUGCUACUCCGAGUUCCAGGACUUCUUCCACGCCAUUGCCGCGCUCGAUGCUGAUGUCCUCUCCAUCGAGAACAGCAAGAGCGACGCCAAGCUCCUCAAGGUCUUCGAGGACAAGGCCUACCCCCGCCACAUUGGCCCCGGUGUCUACGACAUCCACUCCCCUCGUAUCCCCUCCGAGCAGGAGAUCAAGGACCGUCUCGCCGAGAUGCUCACCUACCUCAAGCCUGAGCAGCUCUGGGUCAACCCCGACUGCGGUCUCAAGACCCGCCAGUGGAAGGAGACCAAGGCGGCGCUUGUCAACCUUGUCAACGCAGCCAAGUUCUACCGCGAGAAGUACUCUUCUUAG